AUGACUUCUUACUCGGCUGCCCAAGGCAUGAAAAUCCUCGUUUGCCCUUCGGGUUUCAAGGGUAGUCUUGAGCCAGAUGUUGCCGCCGACUGCAUCGAGGCCGGCGUACUGGCAGUUAUGCCGGACGCUUCUGUCCGCAAGGUGCCCCUUGUCGAUGGAGGCGAGGGGUUCACUAAAGCCCUUGUCUCUGCGACUGGCGGUACGAUCCACCCUAUUACUGUCACCGGCCCUGUCGGUUGUCCAGUUGCAUCAUUCUACGGGAUUCUUGGAAACAAGAGCCCUGAUACGGCCAAGACUGCUGUCAUCGAAAUGGCAGCUGCCGCCGGUCUGAGCCUGGUGCCGCCUCAACUUCGCAACCCCGGCAUCACCACCACAUUCGGGGUUGGAGAGUUACUCACCGCCGCAAUUGGAGCUGGAGCCGAGAGAAUUGUUGUCGGAUGUGGUGAUUCCGGCACCUGCGAUGGCGGCGCUGGAAUGCUUCAAGCUCUUGGCGCCCGACUUAUUGAUCAGGACGGGCUCACGCUCCCUAUCGCGGCAGGGGGCGAGUCUCUGUUGCGUCUGGCCAACAUUGAUCUUGGCGGGAUCGACAAGCGCAUAAGAGACGUCCGCAUUGAGGUCGCUGUCAACUGGGAAAAUGUGCUCAGCGGCCCUGAAGGUGUUGCAAGGGUCUUUGGCCGACAGAAAGGCGCGACGACUGAGCAGACGGAGCGUCUUUCGGCAGCCAUGGAAGUGCUUGCUGUGGUUGCCGGCCGGCUUCUCUGCGACAGCAAGGUGUCUCUCUCGCCGGGCGGAGGAGCGUCUGGAGGUUUGGGCACCGGUUUGCGGCUGGUCGGUGCCAAGCUUCGGCCAAGAUAUCAGGUGGUGGCGGAGUAUGUCGACUUUGACGGGCUGUUCACGGACUGCGACCUAGUCCUCACGGCCGAGGGAGGAAUCGACGACCAGACUCCGCGAGGAAAGAUUCCAGCCGAGAUUGGACAGCGAGCGAAGAAGCAUGGACUCCCUGUCAUUGCCAUCGCUGGCACCAUCGGACCAGGGGCGCGGGUCAACUACGACGUCGGGAUCGAUGCGUAUACGUGCAUCCUGCAACGCCCAACGACUCUAGACGAGGCCAUCCUGGAAGCGGAGAAACUGACGCGGGAGAGCGCCGAGUGCGUCAUGCGGAUGAUUGUCGUGGGACGAACGUUGGGGUCUAGGAGGCCGCUUCCGAAGACGCGGGCGCAGCAUUCAGCAGCAUCGGCAUGCGUUUGA